AUGGUGCGGGUGGGCGUUGCCUGGGAGGCGGGAGCUCGUCCGCGUGCUCCCCACUCGACCCGCGGCCGUCGCGCGGGAGCGGCCGCGGCACAGAUGCUGACGGCGAGCUCGCAGUCGGGAAGCGGGAUCGCGCGGCCCGCGCUCCCGCAGCGGUCGCCCUUCGCGAUCCAGGAGUUGUUAGGGCUGAAUGAACCGUCUUCGAGGCCCCCACGGCCCUCUCCGGCGUCAUCCCUGGGGCCCCUGUAUGGCGCCGGGCCUCCACCAGCUCCCCCUUAUCCGGGGUCUGCAGCGCAGUGUUUUGCCGAGCGUAUGUACCUCGGACAUCCGUUUGUUCCCACUGUGGGUCCGAUGGGUUCCUGUAUGCCUUUCCUGGGAUUCGACCCCCAAGGACAUUCCAGACAAGACGUCACGGGUCUCCCCGGAGACUUCAGUUCCAUGGGUGGCAGCAUCGGUGACGAUGUGGGCGGAAGCGCAAGCUCCUUAGCUAAGAAGAAGAAGAAGAAGCGGCGGCACCGGACGAUCUUCACGAGCUACCAGCUGGAGGAACUGGAGAAGGCAUUCAAGGAUGCCCACUACCCGGAUGUGUAUGCACGGGAAAUGCUUUCGCUCAAGACUGACCUUCCUGAGGACCGCAUUCAGGUUUGGUUUCAGAAUCGUCGCGCAAAGUGGCGGAAGACGGAGAAGUGCUGGGGCAAGUCAACCAUCAUGGCCGAGUACGGUCUCUACGGGGCGAUGGUGCGACACUCUCUGCCUUUGCCCGAAACCAUCCUCAAGGGAACCAGAGAAGGAGACGUGUCCUCCUGCGCACCCUGGCUUCUCGAUGGUUCCUUCCGAGAUGCACCUUCUCCGCUGCACGGCCAUUUUCAAGGCAUGCAUCGCAAAUCCCUGGAAGCCGCUGAGAAGCUCAAAGAGCAAGAGUCGUCGUCAGACCAGGACGCCACGACGCAGUCCUCUGCCUCCCCGCCUCCUCCUCACUCCAUGCAACCUUGUUCCUCCUCCGCGGGCGAGGACCUGCGGACACACAGCAUCGCUGCGCUCAGGGCCCGGGCCCAAGAGCACAGUGCCAAGGUGCAGCAGAAUCCGCAGGACGCACCGAAGCCCCUCCAGCACUCUAUAGACGCGUUGUUUUCCUGAGUUCGCGCGUUUUUUCUUUCGUGACAGGACGAGACGGCCCAUUCGUGUGGUUCACAUUGUCGGAACUGUAAAAGGGACUGUAAAUACGUGGCAGUGGAACUUCAGAUGUAACGGGACUCCGGUGAUCGCGUGGUAAAUCGACGCGAAUUCGGAGACGAGUAUACCGGCGGCUUCGUGGUGUCGAAAUGGCGUAGCCUGCGUUAUGUUGUGUCAGUACACAAAUGUGCCAAAAGGGAGCAGUGCAAGUCCGGAAGGAAGACGAAAUGGUUGGUGUUCCCGUGUAACAGCCACAUUCAGUGUUGCCAAUGAAGUUCUCAGGAACUGUGC